GUACUACUAUUAAAAACCGAAUUGAUUGAAGUCUCGGCGAGCACAUGUAGCAGUGAUUAGUCCGAUGGAAUAAACUCGAUAUCCACCUUCAUUAAAGUAAUUACUAGCCACUAAUUACAGUUACUCUAAUAAUAAAACAAAAAAAGAACUCUCUUUCUUAUUGAGGCCAUCGUUAUUAACUUAAUUAUCUACCGAGGGGCACUCUAAAAAAAGCAAAAGAAAGGCAUUGAAAGUUCACACAGAGGGCGGAUUUGCCACAGUAUCAGAGUGUCACUUUCUCAAUCAAAAGGUUCUCUCUUCUCCUUUUUCUCUCAUCCUGCGCGAAACAAAAGAGAACAUAACAAGAGAGAGUGAGAGAGAGAGAGUCUCACACAGACACAGAGUCUAGGUCCGCUUUGUAAAUCUCUCUCUAUCUCUGAACUUAUCAUAUAGUUUCAUCCUUCUUUCCAUCACUUCGAGACAGAGAAACCCGAAUCUCCCUUGCUUAGAUCUGAUCCUUUCCAAGCUCAAAUUCGUUUUACCCUUUUCCAAAGAUCGUAGCUUUCAGUAUCUUCUUCGCAGGCGUUUCUAUAAAAACCUUGUCUUUCUCGAUUACCAUGUUUAGCAUGUGCAUUCCAUAGCUUCCGAUGCUGCAUGCAAUCCCCAACACCCUUUCAGAUUGCUUCAACGCGUUGAUUUCUUCCUCUUCGAUGCUCUGUUCCUCUACUGCAUGUUCCUCGAGUCAACCAACCUUAGGGAAAAAGGUGUUACCUUUUGCCUCAAUUUGGUGAAACUCUUCUUCGUUUGCUGCUGAGAUUAGGGUUUUCUGAUUUGUUGUGGGGUCAGGAUCGUGUUUUAUCUAUCCAUCUGUGUUGUGUUUUUAUUUUAAAAGCGGUAUGGAUUCUCACAGGGAAGCUAGAUCUCAUCAGUCUUUGAAUAGGCAAGGCUCUCUCUAUAGCUUAACACUCGACGAGGUCCAAACCCACUUGGGGAGUUCUGGUAAAGCGCUUGGAAGCAUGAAUCUUGACGAGCUUCUCAAGAGUGUGUGCUCUGUUGAUGGUAAUCAGCCAUCUUCCUUGGCAGCUCAUGAAGGUCUCUCUCGUCAGGGGAGUUUGACUUUACCGCGGGAUCUAAGCAAAAAGACAGUUGAAGAGGUCUGGAAAGACAUUCAGCAGGAUAAGAAUGGAGGUGGUAGUGGUCAUGAGAGGAGAGAUAAGCAGCCUACCUUAGGUGAAAUGACGCUUGAGGAUUUGUUGUUGAAAGCAGGAGUGGUCACCGAGACAGUUCCUGGUUCGAACCAUGGGAAUGGUAGUGCUGGUAUGGAGCAAAACAUAGCUCAGGUUGCCCCAUGGGUUCAGUAUCAUCAGCUUCCGUCAAUGCCACAGCCUCAGUCGUUCAUGCCGUAUCCGGUUGCAGACAUGCAAGCAAUGGUGUCUCAGUCUUCUUUGAUGGGUGGUUUAUCAGAUACGCAAACUCCAGGGAGGAAGAGGGUAGCUUCAGGGGAAGUUGUGGAGAAGACUGUAGAGAGGAAACAGAAGAGGAUGAUUAAGAACAGAGAGUCUGCUGCUCGUUCUCGAGCUAGGAAACAGGCUUACACUCAUGAGCUAGAGAUCAAAGUUUCACGGUUAGAAGAAGAAAACGAAAGACUCAGGAGGCAAAAGGAGGUAGAGAAGAUCCUCCCAAGUGCACCACCACCACUUGAUCCCAAGAGGCAGCUGAGGAGGACAAGCUCAGCUCCUUUCUGAUCUCAAAACUUCUUUUUUUUCUUCUGCUUUUGUGUCGGUUUGCUUAUAAAAAAAGAGAGGAAAACAGUUUGUUUCUUUGUACAUUCUUGACUUGGAGCAAUUCUGUUAAGUUUCUUAAGAACAUUCUUAGUUAUUUUAGUUUCAACAACAAUCUUUUUCUCGAGUAUAAGAAUUGAAAACAUCACUUUGUUGACA